GAUUUGGAUAAGAUGGUGCACCGGGCGAUCAACGCGGCCAUAGUGCUUGCUGCCGGUACCUUUGCCAUCACCAAGUUGCUCACCGUCGACAGAGACUACUGGCAUGGUUGGACUCUCUAUGAAAUUCUUUGGUAUGCGCCCCAGCAUAACUGGAGUGCCUACGAGGAGGCUUUGAAAACAAAUCCUGUCUUGGCCAAGAUGAUGAUAAGCGGGGUUGUCUAUUCUGUAGGAGAUUGGAUUGCACAGUGCUAUGAAGGCAAGCCACUGUUUGAUUUUGACCGUACUCGCAUGUUGAGAUCUGGUCUUGUCGGAUUUACUCUCCACGGUUCCCUUUCGCACUAUUACUACUAUUUCUGCGAGGCUCUUUUUCCUUACAAUGAUUGGUGGGUAAUUCCUGCUAAGGUGUUGUUCGAUCAAACAGUUUGGGCAGCAAUAUGGAACAGCAUUUAUUAUGUGUUCUUGGGUUUCUUGCGUUUUGAAUCUCCAGUCAGCAUUUUCAGUGAACUGAAAGCUACCUUUUGGCCUAUGCUAACAGCUGGAUGGAAGCUUUGGCCUUUUGCGCAUUUAAUUACCUAUGGUGUUAUCCCAAUUGAGCAGAGACUUCUUUGGGUCGACUGCGUGGAGCUGAUUUGGGUUACCAUUCUAUCAACAUAUUCAAAUGAGAAAUCUGAAGCAAGACAUUUGGAGUCAGCACCUGAGUCGAACACAAGACCUCCUGAGGAGUAAACAAAGCAGAUCUGCAAAUGCCAACAAACCUUUGUUGGUGGGAUGCUUCCAUAUCAAUAGGUGACAAAGUAAUUGUAUAUGGAUGCCGUAUAGUCUGUAUAUUAUAAGGAACUCGAAAAAAAGGAAAAAAAUUCGCCAUCUGUAAGCAGAUAGAAUAUGGUGGACACAAUUGCAAGAGGAAUUAGUACACCUGUAUUAACCAUGUUUGGCUUGUUGUUAACAGUCUAACAAGUCAAUGCAUGUACAAAUGAGGUAUGUACUUUUUCUAUUUGUUCAAAUGUUAUUAAUGUAUAAACCUUGAAGGAGGAGGGAUCUGCAACUUAAGUCAAGUGUUUCUCAUAGAAACCACCUUGAAAAUAGAUGGGAAAUAUGAAAACCACCUUUAAAGUUCAAUGAAUACAGAAACCACCUUAAUAAGGGGCUUCAAUAGCAAUCAACCACCUUUAAAGGGGCUUGGGGUGGCAAUUCAUAAAAAAUAGGUCACAGCGAUUGAUUGCUAUUGGAACUCUCUUUAAAGGUGGCUUCUUUGUGAUUGAACUUUAUGGUGGAUUCCGUAUUGUCACCGCAUUAAGGUGGUUUUUUCUGUGAGAAAAGCUAAAUUAAUCAGGAAGAAACUAGAAUCGCCAAAAUUUCAAUGCGAUGAUGAUCGGGCCCGACCACCAUGAAUGAUUCACACUCCAUGUUAAUCUUCCACUUGCAAACGGCAUGAAAGGCCCUCAAAUUAUGGCACCCUGAUUAUAGUAUACUUAAAUGUCUGAAUUAAUUGUGACGUGUAAAUCUUCAAUUUUGUAUGUCUGUAGACGGCCCUAAAGAAUUCAUGUACUACAGAACAAGCAAUACAUUUUGAUUCUUAGAUAA